CUACAAGGAAGUGAAUCACAAAAGAAUAGAAAACGGCAGCUUGUUAACUAAGUUUCUUAAUUUCUUGUCUUACCACUUGAAAAUGUUUUCCGCCUCGUCCGUAGGUUGUUUCACAUUAGCUGUCUAGUCGGCGACAAACAGAGCAGGUUUCUGCUAGACUCAUUCUCAUGGCUCUCCUUUGGGGCUCCAACAACUCGAAUCUGUGAUUAGGCUGUUUUUAUGAACAACCAACUGCUCUCCCAUUUAGAUGGAAGAGUAUACACCCGUGGUAGUAUUUCAGUAUUUGUUCAUUCCUUUCCUUUUGGAUGUACCAGUCCAUAGUACUCGGCUAAUUUCAUUGGUGGCCCGGAUCCCGUUACCCAACGCUAGGCUAUUGAUAUAGCCGGAAGGAUACGGGUGUGUAAGCCAACACACAAUUUACCCGAUAGAUAAAUGAGCCAAUGUAUACACAACAUUAGAGCGCUUCUCGUUCGUCAACACUGCAAUACAACGGCAAUUGCUAGUUACAGAGAAGAAAAAUGACAACCACAACUCCACAACGCUACCACAUCUUCGGCCAGGGAAUAUCCCAGAGUCUCUCACCUACAAUCCACAAUGCCGCCUUCGAGCACUAUGGCCUCCCACACCGGUACGACAUACAAGAAUGCGACACUCUUCAAGACGUCAAGUCCUUAAUCGAUGACCCAGCCUUCGGUGGCUCUAGCGUGACAAUGCCUCACAAACUCAGCGCCGGGGAGUUUUGUGCCCAGGUCGCUGACUCUGCGACUCGGCUAGGAGCAAUUAACACUCUCAUUGCUCGAUCAAUUGAUGCUGGAGAUGGGACAGCGAAAUGUGAGAUUCAUGGUGAUAACACGGAUUGGUCCGGUCUUUAUUCCCUGGUCAAGGAGUAUGCUUCUGGGGAGAGCAAGCAAGUUGGGCUUGUGAUCGGGGCUGGAGGCGCAGCUAGAGCCGGUGUUUAUGCGAUGGCUCAAGCUGAGGUUGAGCGGGUUUAUGUUGCUAAUCGGACGUUGGCGAAGGCGGAACAAAUUGCGCGGGAUUUUGAGGAUUUGUGCCGGGUUAUACCGGUUCAGUUUCCAUCGAGGUUGCCGGAGGAUCCGGAUGUUAUUAUUGGGACUGUUCCCGGGGAUGCUAUGUCGCAGGAGGCAUUCCAGGGUUUGUUUGGGAAUGAGAAGGGUCUCUGUAUUGAGAUGGCGUAUAAGCCGCGGGUGACGAAUUUGCUGGCUGUGGCGAGGGAGAACCCCGGAUGGACUACGGCGAAUGGGGUAGAGGUACUUCUUCGACAGGGCUUUGAGCAGUUUCGGUUGUGGACGGGAUUGGAUGCACCGGAGGCCGUUAUGAGGAAGGCUAUUGAGGUUGCUACAGGAAAAGGACAUCGUCAUUGUAACUUAAAACGCGAAUAGCUUUGCAUAGGGUAAAGAGAACAUCACUAUAUGUGUGGUGAUAAGAACUUUGAUAUGAUAUAGAAGAAUGAUGUUGACUUA